AUGGACCUAGUGUACCCUACCUUCUCUCUAGAGAUGGACAGGAAGAAUGAUGAGAGUGCACAGAGCAGACAGGUGAAGAAGCCUGACCGGAUGGUCUGCCCUGGGCAUGGGCAGACCAAAGCCCCCAUGGACUCAGACUACCAGGAGGAGCUAGAGAAGGCCACGCCCAAGAUCAGAUUCAAUCUCAACUUUGACAAGUGAGACGGCACAUUCACUGAACAUAAUAACGCAUACUGUCCUGUAUGGGGACAAUUGGUGUUUAUAGCCUGAUUGUAGUAACACUAAUAAGAGUUUUCAAACUGUUUGAGAGGACACAGCUGUCUUCCUCAGGGGGAAGGUUUUGUUAAUCAGAAGUUCAUUUACAAUAUCAUUAGAAUAAGGUCUUUGGGCAAGACCAUGUGUAUUUUGUUUUCCAAUUGAAAAAUAAAUGCUUUCCCAAUACUAAAGUCUAACAUGUUUCUUUGUAGGAAAAUAUGAGGUUUUGAGGAGAACAAAGAGGAGGGGGCAGCAAGAGGUUUGACAUCAAGAGGCUGUUUGAGGCCUGGGAAUGUGAUGAAGCUGGAGGGUCUUGUUCAGUACCUUCAUCAGUCCAUGAAGAAGCUCUCCAACACUGAGUGUGAGGGAGACUGUGUAUUAUAUUCUGUAGUAUUGUAUAAUUUUUGCAUUUUAGGAUACCACUUUACAUCAGUACUUUACAGCUUCAUGUCCACACCCCGGCUACACUAUAACCUUAACAAUUAACCCUAGCCAUUAACCCUAACUUCAUGUCCACAUCCCAGUUCAACCCUAACCUCAACCCUAACCCUAGAGUGGUUAUAAAUUGUACUUAUUGCUGUAACCGUAGCCUUAACCCUAUCCCUAACCCAAGUACAGUGUAAGUACAAUGUAACAAUUAGUUAUUACAAUACUUGUAACGCUGUGAUUACACAGUUAUAAGGGCCCUGUAAUGUAACACAGGUAGUCUAGCGGUUAAGAGUGUUGGGCCAGUAACCGAAAGAUCGCUGGUUCGAAUCCCUGAACCGACUAGGUGAACAAUCUGUCGAUGUGCCCCUGAGCAAGGCACUUAACCCUAAUUGCUCCUGUAUGUCGCUCUGGAUAACGGCGUCUGGUAAAUGACAAAAAAACGAACCUAAAUGGAUAAUAUUUUUAGUCCAAGUGUAUUCCUUUAUACUCCAUUCUUUCACCUCCUGCUGUCCUAGAUCAAUCGUAUAGUAAAAACGCCCUGGUGAAGGCUCUACUGAAUCUGAGAGACGGCAUAUAACACAAUUCAAUUUCUCCUUGACAUCUCAGAGAAGAUGGGGGACAUCAAAUAAUUUAUAAAUGUAGCAUACACAGACAGCUAUUACAAAGGUGAACUUUCAUAUAACCAGAAUUAUCAUUACUUGAUGUUGUUCAUCUAUUCUACACCAUGCUUCUGACAACUCAGUUGUAUGUACACAGCCCUCAACCAAUGUAAUAUACAAAUAGUCAUGUUAGUGUAUAUGUAAGGCCAUGCACUUUCUGAUAGUCUAUCCUUUCUUUCAAACAGCCCUUCAUAUUGCCAUUGAGAGAAGGAGCACCUAUUUUGUUCAGCUAUUGAUCAAGAAAGGAGAAGUCCAUACCAAAGCCUGUGGGAAAUUCUUCCAGCCUCAUGAUGUACCCAUCUUCUACUGUAGUUUGGGGAGUGUGUCAGUAUCACUGAGCCUUGAACAGUGCCCACCUCUGGUAGGUUUGUAACAGACUCUGCUGCUUGUCAGACAUUUAGUCAUCCCUCUGAGUGAAUAAUAAUUCCCUUGUUUAUGACUUAGGGAAUUGUAUGAAAGUGUUUUAUGAAACCUUACAGAAAGUGUGUUUACAUAUCCAGAAAAUAUUUCCAACACAAUCGUCACUGUUGUGGUGGGUAGGGUGAUAGAAAUACAUUAAAUUGAGGGAAAAUGUGUUUUCAGGUGAGUUGCCUCUGCCUCUGGCUGUGUGCACCAACCAGCCUGAGGUAGAUUACUUCCUGCUGGAGAACUUCUACCAUUGGGUGGAGGGACUCCCUGGGUAACAUGGUGCUGCAUGCCCUGGUGGUGGUGUCGACUGAUAACGCACCAGAGAACACUGACUUCAUCACCUCCAUGUACGACUACAUCCUCACCACGGCUGCCUGCCUGCACCCCAGGUGGAGGCUGGAGGACUUGGAGAACAACUGUGCCUGA